AUGGCCCGAAGUUUCAUUCUUAUUCAUAUUGUCUCGCAAACUUCCGUUAACGCUGCAGUCGACAAAUCGACUGAUGACGAAAUCAAAGCCGGAAUCAAAAUCGAAAUCAGAUAUAGUAUUAUCCGCCUCGCUAUCUCAAUCUUCCAAGCGGAAAACAGAAAAUCUGAAGCAGACACAAGAUCAACCCCUACACCAACAUCAAUUUGUGAAACGGGAAUUGGAUAUCAUUGGCACCCUUACGCUCGAAAAGGCACAGUUGGAGGAGAAGAUUAUGGGGUUGGAAGAGAGGGUGCGGGAGUUGGAGAUGCAGAGGGAAAGGGAUGUGAAGAUGCUUUUGUGGAUGAGGGUGAAGAUGUCGAGGUUUGGGGAGUGGUGGAGAUGGGUUGA